AUGUCGCAGCACACAUUUUCUCCUCGCCCAGACAAAAAGGAACUCGAUGAAACACUCCUAUUUUCUCCAAAAUUCGAUGACAACGGCCUCAUCGCCGCCAUGGCGAUCGAUUCCUCCACACAACAACCGCUCAUGCUUGCCUACAUGAAUGAAAAAUCGCUCAAGAUGACUCUCGAAAAAGGAGAAGCCGUUUACUACUCACGCUCCCGCCAAGAGCUCUGGCAUAAAGGAGCCACCUCAGGCUGCGUGCAAAAGAUCAAAGAAAUCCGCACCGACUGUGACCAAGACGCCCCUCCUCAUCUACGUCGAGCAAAUCGCGAAAAAAUAAUCCCCCUCCUUACCGUGUUCGAACUUCUCGCCAAUGACCCCGACACUCGCGCCCGUCGGGGUCGCCUCACCACGCCUCACGGGGUGAUCGAAACUCCCAUUUUCAUGCCGGUCGGCACUCAAGGAUCAGUCAAAACUCUCCACCCGGAAGACCUCGACGCCCUCGACGCUCAGAUCAUCCUCGGCAACACCUACCACCUCUGGCUCCGCCCCGGCACCGAAAUCAUCAGCGAGCUCGGCGGGCUCCACUCCUUCACCACCUGGCAAAAGCCCAUGCUCACCGACUCGGGCGGUUUCCAAGUCUGGUCACUCGCAAAGCUACGUAAAAUCUCUGAAAAAGGGGUCGAGUUUCAAAACCAUCUCGAUGGCUCCAAGAUGAUGCUCAGCCCAGAAAAAAGCAUGGAAAUCCAAGCCCUUUUCGCCUCCGACAUCGCCAUGCUCUUCGACGAAUGCCCACCCUAUCCCUGCGAGCGAAAAUACGCCGAAGACUCCACCGACCUCACCAGCCGCUGGGCAAAAACGAUGCAAAGACUGGAUCGAAAAAAACAACCCCAAUCUGGCAACGGCAAGCAACUCCACUUCGGCAUCGUGCAAGGCUCCGUCUAUCCUGAUCUCCGCGAAAAAUCAGCUCGCGCCCUCGUCGAUCUCGACCUAAGUGGCUACGCCAUCGGUGGCGUCUCGGUCGGCGAACCUGAAGAAGAAAUGUUCGCCGCCAUCGACCAUGCCGAACCCUUCCUCCCCGAGAACAAACCCCGCUAUGCCAUGGGGCUCGGCACUCCCCCCCAAGUCCUUGAAAUGAUCGGGCGAGGCGUGGACAUGUUCGACUGCGUCCACCCCACACGCUGCGCUCGCCACGGCCCUUGCCUUUACCCCCGUGGGCCCAUCCAUAUCAAAAACGCCCAAUACGCCCACGACCCCUCACCCCUCACCGAAAACGCGCACCCCCACGUCGCUCGCUUUUCCAAAGCCUUUCUCCGUCACCUCUUCAAAGCGGGCGAAAUUCUCGCCCAGCGAGUCCUCUCCUUCCACAACCUCCACUUCUAUUUGCAGCUCACUAAAAACGCCAGAGAAGCCAUCGAAGCCGGACGCUUCACCGAAUUCAAAAACGAUUUCCUCGCGAGAUAUCAGGACUAA